UCCCUCUGCUCCUUCAGCUCAGGUCUGCAGCUGUCAGAGUGUAGUGACUGAGUUCAGUGAUACUUCACUGGGUACUGGGAUCGGAAUAGCCCACUUUCCAAAGCAAAUACAGAGAGUUCCAAGGAGACUACUUGGAUCAGUGCGUUUUGGGGAAUCCCACAAUAAACACCAGGAAAAUGGUGUGGAAUACAGAUGGACCCAGUGACCUGACCCCAGAGGAGCAGCAGGAGCUGCAAAACAUCCAGCGUCGAAAGCAGGAAUUGCUGGCAGACAUACAGCGGCUGAAGGAUGAGAUAGCAGAAGUUACGAAUGAAAUUGAAACAUUGGGAUCCACUGAGGAAAGGAAGAACAUGCAAAAGAGCAAACACGUAGCGAUGGGAAGGAAAAAAUUUAACAUGGACCCUAAAAAGGGUAUCCAGUUCCUAAUAGAAAAUGAGCUAUUGAAGCACACGUGUGAGGAUAUAGCACAGUUUCUAUACAAGGGGGAGGGUCUGAAUAAGACAGCUAUUGGAGACUACCUGGGAGAAAGAGAUGACUUUAACAUCCAAGUCCUUCAUGCCUUUGUGGAACUUCAUGAAUUUAUGGAUCUUAACUUAGUGCAGGCACUACGUCAGUUUCUGUGGAGUUUCCGUUUGCCUGGAGAGGCCCAAAAGAUCGAUCGGAUGAUGGAAGCAUUUGCUCAGCGUUAUUGUCAAUGCAAUCCAGGAGUUUUUCAGUCCACAGACACAUGCUAUGUCCUGUCGUUUGCAAUAAUCAUGCUGAACACAAGUUUGCACAAUCCCAAUGUGAAGGACAAGCCAGGUGUAGACAGAUUUAUUGCCAUGAACCGUGGUAUCAAUGAUGGAGGGGACCUCCCUGAAGAUCUUUUGAGGAAUCUGUAUGACAGUAUAAAGAAUGAGCCUUUUAAGAUUCCAGAGGAUGAUGGAAAUGACUUGACUCACACCUUCUUCAACCCUGACCGGGAAGGCUGGCUCCUAAAGUUGGGAGGUGGUCGAGUAAAGACAUGGAAGAGACGCUGGUUCAUUCUUACAGACAACUGUCUUUACUACUUUGAAUACACAACGGAUAAGGAACCCCGUGGGAUCAUACCUUUAGAAAAUCUUGGCAUCAGGGAGGUGGAAGAUUCUAAAAAGCCGAACUGUUUUGAACUGUUCAUCCCAGAUAACAAGGAUCAGGUGAUAAAGGCUUGCAAGACUGAGGCUGAUGGGCGUGUGGUGGAAGGGAACCAUACUGUGUAUCGCAUCUCUGCACCCACACCUGAAGAGAUGGAUGAAUGGAUGAAAUGCAUAAAGGCUGCCAUCAGCAGGGACCCAUUCUAUGAAAUGCUAGCUGCUAGGAAGAAGAAAGUUUCCUCCACCAAGAGGCAUUAGAGACUCAUCCCAUGGUGUUGACCCCAAUGCCAGCUUCAUACUAUGGAUACUCCCAGACCCUUUAAAAUGUUACUAAUGAACUUGGUACAAAGGGAGUGUUUCCUGUGCUAGAAGAGCCAUGGGGAAUGUGGAAGAACUGAGGAGUCAUGAUAUCUUAUGCCCAAUCACCUCUCUCAGCUGGACUGAGACAAUGUAUUGGGAAACUGGAAUGAAACUUCUCCUUCACAGUCUAUAACUUCUAAAGCUGACUCACCGCAGGUGAUAAACCAGACGGCCACCACUCGCUUCUCUUGGCCAUUGCGGGUAUUGACCUUUAAAUGCCUCCAUGACACAUAAAUGUUUUCAUGUAAAAUCCUGUACUGUGGCUUUGAAUAAUUGGCUCUGACAUUUUUUUUUCUGCUCCAGUAUAUUCUGAAACCUUAAACAUGGAUCACAGCCAUUCUGUAGUCCCAGGUGCAGAGAUAGACGUCCUGGAGACAUCGCUGUCAUGUAUAACAAGAGGGUAUUGUGAAGUCUGUGGGAGUAAAUUAUGUGCCAGCAUUACACCUUCCUCACAAUAACGCUUAAAACUGGACAGCAGCUGCUCUUUUAGUUAUCAAAAUGUGGUCUACUACGGAUGCUGACCAGAGCUCCAUACCCCCUACAAACAGAAGAAUCGGUACAUUAAGGGUCUUUUUUACCCCAGAACUGUCAACAGGAUCAUUUUGCAGAGACAUAACUUGGUGAUCCCACAUGACUGCCUAGGGUGUAAAUGAAUUGCUUAUUUACCAAAACUCAGGCUCUUAAUCCCCCUGCUCUUGAGGCCAGUGUCUUUUCCCAGAUGUCUGGGAGAAGAUGCAGAGAAUGGGGGAAAACCUCCUAACUGUGCAGAAAUAAAGCCAUUGAGUGUCUUUUUCUAAUAAAAGCCCAUAUUUUUGCUUUGUUCUUUAUUAGAUGUAUCCAUUUUGUACCCCUCCCUAUGCACUUGCCCAGUGGAGGGCAUUUGCUAUGAAGCAGUGUUAUCUAUAUGCUAUUUAUAAGAGAUGUAAAUAAUUUAUCUACGUUUUUUUGUCUUUUUUUUUUUUUUUUAAAAAAAAGCUUAUUUUGUAUAUGUUCCAGAAAAAAAAAAGAAUGCCUUGGGGGGUGGGGAUAUCUUAUUUUGUCUAACUCAUCUCAAGAGAUGCAUGUGUGAACCUGGAACUUUUGUAUUUUUACCUACUUGCUCUCAAUCUGUUUCUUGCUUCUUUGCUACAGCCUGUAAAGUGAGGCAGGUAAAACUGCAUUCAAUAAAUCACAGAUGUAUCAA